GGGUGGGGCGCCUUUUAAAGAGGCUGGACCUCGGGGUGAUCGCUCGGCUUUCCGGGGGGCCAGGCCCGCGGGGGCCGCCCCUGCCGGACCAAGAGAUCCCUGCCCCUAGUGGGCUUUGGGGGUCCUGGGGUCGGUGUACCCACGUGGUUCUCGGGCCGGGCGGGUGGCUGCCAGUGGCCGACACCCCAAUUUCCUCGGGGGGCCCUCCUUCGGGGCGCCGUCUCCCCAGAAGGAAGGAUUUAUUACGCGCCUGCUGUGUGCCAGGCACUGUGCCAAGUUCCUGGCACGUAUUAUGUCAUCUGCUCCUCACAACCACCCCGGGAGAGAGAACGGGCUAAGCUCAGCCUUUACAAUGGAACCUCGAGGGAUCUUGAAAGCCUUUCCCAAACGGAAGAAAAUGAGAUCUGACUCGGACAGGAGCGAACUCUUGAAGAUUCCCAAGAAGGAAGAAGUAGAAGGUGGAGAGUGGCUGAGCCCACUGCAAGUCCAUGUGUUACCCGCGGGCAUCGGUCGAGCCCGGGCAGAGAUCUUUGAGAAGCAAAUCAUCCAGCAUGGGGGCCGAAUCUGCUCCCCUCAGGCCCCAGGGAUCACACAUAUUGUGGUGGAUGAAGCUGUAGACUGUGAGCGAGCCCUCCGCCUCCUGAAAUUGUCCCAGCUGCCCCCCGGGGUCCAAAUGGUGAAGUCGGCUUGGCUGAGCCAGUGCUUGCAAGAGCAGAAGCUGGUGGACACCGCUGGAUUCAGCAUCUUCAUCCCUGACAGGUACCUGGACGAGACAGGCAAUCAGGUUGCAUCUUUCCAGCCCGGGUGUUCUGGAACUUCAGCCCAGGCGGGGCUUCCUUCCGCUGCUCCCUUUGUCCCACCUCAGGAGCCACACUCAGAAUUGAACACUCAGACACAGCCUAACACUUAUGAAAGCAGUGAUGAGGAAGAAGUACAGGUUACCCCGGCUGACCUGGAAGCCCUGAUCACUGGCCGGUACCCAAGUACUCCUGAGGGAGACGCUGAGCCCUGCCUGGCCCCCACGGUCAGUGAUAAGUGGGUGUGCGCCCAGCCCUCUAGCCAGAAGAUGACCAACCACAAUUCCCACAUUACCGAGAAGCUAGAAGUGCUGGCCAAAGCCUAUACUGUCCAAGGUGACAGGUGGCGGUCACUGAGCUACUCCAAAGCUAUUAAUGCCCUCAAAAGCUUUCACAAGCCUGUUACCUCCUACCAGGAAGCCUGUGGCAUCCCUGGGAUUGGAAAGCGCAUGGCAGAGAAGAUCAUGGAGAUUGUAGAAAGUGGCCAUCUUCGCAAACUGGACCACAUCAGUGACAGUGUGCCUGUCUUAGAGCUCUUCUCUAAUAUCUGGGGAGUGGGAAGCAAGACUGCCCAGAUGUGGUAUCAGCAGGGUUUCCGGACUCUGGAGGACAUCGAAAGUCGGGCCGCCCUGACUUCCCAGCAGGCCAUCGGCCUGAAGCACUAUGAAGACUUCCUCAAACGCAUACCCAGGGAAGAGGCCGCAGAGAUUGAGCAGACUGUCCGAGAAGCAGCUCACACUCUCAACCCCGGGCUGCUGUCUGUGGCAUGUGGCUCGUAUCGCCGGGGAAAGGCAACAUGUGGGGAUGUGGAUGUGCUGGUCACUCACCCCGAUGGACGAUCCCACCAGGGGAUCUUUGGUCAGCUCCUGGAUACCCUUCGGCGGCAAGGGUUCCUGACAGAUGACCUGGUCAGCCAGGAUGAUAAUGGGCAGCAGCAGAAGUAUCUGGGUGUGUGCCGGCUGCCAGGGCCCGGUCGGCUCCACCGACGCCUGGACAUCAUUGUGGUGCCGUAUAGCGAGUUUGCCUGUGCCUUACUGUAUUUCACUGGUUCUGCCUACUUUAACCGCUCCAUGAGAGCCCUGGCCAAGACGAAGGGCAUGAGCCUGUCGGAGCACUCGCUCUGCACUGCUGUCGUGCGUGAUGGCCGCGGCCUCAAGGUGGGGCCGGGCCGGGCGUUGCCCACCCCCACCGAGAAGGACAUCUUCAGACUUCUGGGCCUGCCGUACCGCGAGCCCUCUGAGCGGGACUGGUGACCCCGUCUCCCUGCCAACCCUGGGCCAUUCUCCCACAGUGGGGCUCUCCCUGCACCCUAUACCAGGCCUUUUCUUCAACUCACCUUUGGGUUUCUUUGCUCGGUAAAGAACCAGAGGGUGAUCACCAUCCUCCCUAGCUCAUUGUGUGGGUGGUCUGACUGUUCACGAACCGUUGCUUUUUCCUGGAAGUACAUCCAUCGGCCCUCACUUUUGCACUAGAUUGUGAUGUGUGAGGUUUUUAUAAGCUUCACUCCUCCCCUUGCCCCAGUUUAAUAAGCAGCAGGUGUCUGCUAUACAGCCUAUCCCACUUCCUGUGCUGAGGAUGCGGGCAUACCUAGAAGGGUCUCACAGACUCCUGGCCCACUUCUACUUAAGCACCAGGAGGAUAGAGUGUCUUUUAUCAAGGGGGAUGCUUGGCUUGCUUUCCCCUUUUUUACUUGCUUCCUGUGCUUUUAAAGGGUUAGAGGAAGAGGUUGGUCCAGUGCUGGAAUGUAUUCUGUAGGUCAAGAGUGGGAGGGGAGACUAGGAGAAUAGCAAAAUCUAUGGGACAUGAUAUCUUCUGAUGUCUGUGAUUCCUGCCUCCCACAACUCCUUUUCUGGGACAAAUUUCCCAGAUGGGGAGAGGGUCCUCUUCUAUAUAUAUAUUUUUUAAUUUAUUGAAACUUUUUAUUUUCAAGACAUAUGCAAGGAUAAUUUUUCAACAUUGACCCUUGCAAAACCUUGUGUUCCAAUUCCCUCCCUUCUUCUUAUCCCUUCCCUAAAUGGCAAAUGAGCCAAUAUGUAUUGAAAAAUGGUUUAAAAUAUGUAAAUUGAAUAUAGGCAUAUAAGAAUAUAUGCCUAUAUUCAAUUUAUAUAUUUUAAAUUUUAAUUUUAAAUAUUAUACAAGUAUCUUGUUAUAUAAGAAAAAUCUGAUCAAAAAAGAAGAAAAAUGAGAAAAAAUAAAAUGCAAAAAAACAGUAACAAAAGAAGUGCAAGUGCUAUGUUGUGGUCCACCCUCUGUCCCCACAAUUCUCUCUCUGGGUACAGAUAGUUCUCUUCAUUAUAAGAUCAUUGGAACUGGCCUGAAUCACCUCACUGUUGAAAAGAGUCACAUCCAUUAGAAUUGAUCAUCAUGUAUAAUGAUCUCUUGGUUCCGCUCAUUUCACUCAGCAUCAGUUCACAUAAGUCUGUAUUCAUCCUGCUGGUCAUUUCUU